ACGAUCAUAGUAGCCUAUAAUAUAAUUCACCAGUUACGAUUGGAAGCUUGCGUGCGGCCAUCUCCUCUUUCUCUUCACCUACCUACUCUCCAAUAUUGCUAGAUGUGCAAACCCCUCGUUUUCUUCUCAUCCAUCCUCCUCGUUUUUCUCCAAGCAGGUACGACUUGCUGCUGCUCCACGCGCGUUACAUAUACGCAUCACCUUCAUUUCGCCGCAUGCAUCCCAGACACAUGAGCCGCGACGACGACGACCUGACGAUCUGAUCACUGCACUGAGCUCCUCUGGAAGUUGUGGUCAAUUGGUCAUCGAUCCAUGGCGGACAUACGGUGCGACCAGCCCACCAAACUGACGCCACGCGCGUCGUCGCUGAGGAUCUUCGGCUGCGACGUGGCCGGCGGGGGUGCUACCGACAUCGUCGUCGAGCAGGCGCUGCCGCGGGACGGCCGGCCGGUGGCGGACGGGCGCAGGUUCGAGUGCCAGUACUGCUGCCGCGAGUUCGCCAACUCGCAGGCGCUAGGCGGGCACCAGAACGCGCACAAGAAGGAGCGGCAGCAGCUGAAGCGCGCGCGCCAGCUCGCCGCCCGCGUCGGCGACGGCGGGCCCGCUGCCGGCGUGGCGGCAUUCUGCGCUGGGGGUUUCGCGCCGCCGCCGCCCGGUCUCCUGAUGGCCCUAGGCCACGCCGGGUCGUCGAACGCGUAUGCGCCGGGCCCUAUCCCAAGCUGGGUGUACCUCGCGCACCAGCCCACCAUGGGCCUACAGUUUCAAGCUGUCGCACCUGGUGUGCGCCACCCCGAGCCGCUGGCUCGACGUGGCGGCACCACCACCAGCAGCGCUCGAUUAUACGAGCUGUGCGCUCCGGCUGAUGACGACGCCGAGGAAGCCUCGGCGACGGGGCUGAACCUGCGUCUCUGCCUCGCUCCAGCCAGUUCAUCGUGACGGAAUAUAUAUCGUUCCCUCCCUCCCCGAUUUGUAAUCGGGACAUCAUGUCGCUCGCACGCAAGAAGCAAAGAUCUGUGUUUGCCUUCCUUUCUUCUCUUCUUUUCUUUAUUUUCGGAAGUCCCAUUUUCUUGCAUAUACCAUACCUCUGUUGAUGUUGCACAAAGUGCAGGAGAACAUCUCUCAUGCUCCCACUCGCACCUCCUCCCAUGCUCCCAUACUCCUGCUUCCAAAAAUAUGUAAAAAUGUAUAUAAAAAAAUUAACCAAAAAUAUAAAUGAGUUGAUAAUGCAAACAUGCAUGUUCAUGCAAAAUAUAUAGAAUGAGCGAAAU